AUGGAUGUUUGGAGCAGGAUAAAGAUUGACGAAGCAGUUGGUUCAGCAAAGCUAAGGAAAUUGCAGAAGAUUGGUGACACUAUAUGGUGGCCUAAGCAGGCAACAUUAGAAACAAUUUUUUGUCCGUAUAACAAUAAAAAAACAUAACGUAUUUUGUCAUGCUAAAGGUACUGAAUGAUAUUGUGAAUCUGCCCAAAUUCAAUGCAAAGGCAUCUAUUGAGGCCUCGACGUUGCUUGAAAAAUGGUUCCAAUCAGUAACAUUUUAACUGCAUAUUUUCUACUUCUUGUGCGUAGUAUUUUACGUCAAGCAUCCGAUUACUUGCAAACAAGUGGUUUGGAUUACCUUAGUACUUGGAACAUGGUGCAGUCAUCAAAAGACGAGAUACACAGAAUCUCAUAUGACACCACUGUAUGAAGCAUCAAUUAAUUUUACCCAGUCAAUGAAUGCCAAACUGGCUGAAGACGAUCUUGACAACAUUAAAGUUGAAUCGAAACUAGAAGAUUCAAGAGUAAUGGAGAGCAAGCAUCUGAUAUGCUAG